UUGUUUUUAGUUUUCGCUUAAAUAAAUUAACAUUGGACAUAUAUAUUCAUACCACAAAGUAUAUUUCAUACGUUCGCCAUGGAUUGCAUUUUGGAAAACGCAUUUACAAAUACAGACAUUUGGGAAAAUAUUUUUCAGUAUUUCAAUCUAAGAGAACAGAUACAUUUGACACAUGUUUGCGGGCUAUUUCGUCAUAUUAUAACAUCGACGUGGAAAAUAAAAUGUAAACAAUUGAAAUUAUAUCCAAUAGAUGCAAACGCAGUCUUAGUUACAAAUCAUGUAGACAAUAUAGAACGUUAUAAUGCCUAUUCAGAUCCUAUGUAUAAAUUGGGUUACAAUGAUUGUAAAAUUGCAGACGUUGCCAAUAAAUCAAGCAUACUCUUAAAUUGUGAUGAAGUAAGAGAACUUUUGGAUAUGAAUUUCAGUAAUGUCAACAAAUUGCAAAUAUUGGAAGAAAAGAGUGAAGCUGAAAACGAAAGCACUAUUUUUAGUUUUUUAAUACAAAAUCAAUUUACAGAAUUAAAAACCUUAAAUUUGUUUGGCAUUUACAGAUUGAGCGUAGAAAAUCUAAAGAGCAUAAAAAUGAGUUGCCCACAGUUGAAUACAUUGAUUCUAAGCCAUUGUAAUAGAGAACAUGGAGUUUUGCAAGAUCAUAACGGAAUUUCCACAAUUGCCAGUAUGAAAAUGUUGAAAACAUUAAUUGUAAGAGAAAAGCACAUUAAGUAUGAACUAAACCAUAUUAUCGACGUUAUUAUAAAGUUACAACAUGUGGCACAAUUAGUUUUUAAAAUAAACAUCGUUGGGAAUAAUUCAGAUAUCAUUUCUGAGAAGUCAGCACUCAAUCGCCAUGAGAAUAUGUGUGAACUAAUCAGUGUUAAUUUGGACGUAGCUAAUAAAAUGUCUAUUCCAGUAAUUACAAAGUCAAUACUUAGGAAUUUCGAAAAUCUUGGUGUAUUAGCAAUGUCUUCAAGUAAUUCUCCUCUUUCUAUAAAUCGAAACGUGUUGGAAGAUUUAACGAAAUCAUGUAAGCACUUAAAAGAGUUAUACUUGGAAUUUUGUUAUUUAGAUGAUUUUGUCCCUAUGCCUUCGUUGGAAAAUCUUACCCUUGUAAAUUGUAACUAUAUAACUUGGAUAAAUUUAAAAUCAAUUUUAAGCCAACAAAAUUUAAAAGCAUUCACAUCAUUUUUUACCCGAUUUUCUGAUAACUUUGUACCCUUUUAUAUUGAAUCACCUUUGGAAUAUUUACGUAUUGAAACUAUGGAAUACGAUUUUAGGGAAGAUUUUAAAAAGCUUUUGUUAUACAACAGCAAUCAGAUGGAAAAGUUAAAUACACUUAUUUGGCAUGAUUUUACAUUGUGGUUUGAAGACAAACCAAUUGCAAUGCAUCUUACUCUACAAGACACUUUUCAUAAUUUACAAUCGCUAUUUAUAGAUUUAUCUGUAAUCGCAUUUGAUGAUAUUUUGGAAAUGAAGGGUCUCAAACAGUUGGCCUUUAUUGAAAACGAAAAUUCAAUCGAUCUUUCAAACCUGUUUACGAUUUUUAAGCAUCCUACGUUGAAACAAUUUUCAUUUUACACUCGCAAUUUGGAAUGUAGCCUAAUAGUUCCUAUGAAUGAGUUAUUACCAUACCAAACAAAUUUACGGGUUGUCCAAAUUCCACUCGAUAUGUUCAAUAAAGUUCGAAAUAUUUGGUUUAAUAUGUUGUCGACAAAUCCUAAACUACAACUUGCUUGUUAUUUUCAUGAAUGUAAUGUCAUUAAUUAUACAUAUUUGAAAGAUUUGAUCGAGAGCGACAAAUUUCCAGCUAGAAUCAAAUCUAUUAAGAUAUGCGACUUAACAAUUGAUUGUAAAAGUUUUAAAGAAAAUCCGAAUUCUGUAAUGGAUAUGUUCAUGGCAGCCAGACAAUAUUGUAACCAGCUUAAUGAAAUGAUGUACUUAAAGCUUUAAAACGAAAAUGACAAAUGGAUCUAAUUUAAAAUAAUGUACUGUAAUUUUUAUUAAUAUUUAAUAAAUUAAAUUAAAUAGUUAAACAAAUUCAAUAAAAAUUAGUUAAAAAAUCA